AAUGGUACAAAACAACAAAUUCUUGCGGGUUAGUAUAGGCUGACUCAAAACGGACAACAUUCACUAAGGGGCCGGCUAUUACAUAAACUCACUCCCUCUCCAUCUAUGUCUCUCUCUCAUUCUUCUCCUCCUUCUCCUAACCCUCCACAACUCUCUCUCUCUCUGUUGCUCUCUAAUUCUUUUUUUUGUUAAACUUCAUGGACAAUAGCAAUGAGAGAGAAACUCAUGACUUCUUGAAUGUGGAAUCCUUCUCUCAACUACCUUUCAUCCGCCCUGCACCACCACAGAAAGACAAGCCCAUCCGCCUCUUUGGCUUCGAAUUCGGAUCCAACGAAUCGGAACCCAACAACAACGAAUCCGACUCCGCAAAAAACACUAACGACCUCAACAACAACGCUACUUCCGACAAUGGUCGAAGAUUCGAGUGCCAUUAUUGUUGCCGUAACUUCCCUACUUCCCAAGCCUUAGGCGGCCACCAAAACGCACACAAAAGGGAACGUCAACACGCGAAAUGCGCUCACCUCCAGUCCCACGCCAUGGUUCACCGCAACUCCUUCUCCGACGGGCUUUACGGCCUCGUCAAUUACCGGCACGGCCCAACCUUGUCUUAUCCUUCAUGGAACAACCAGACCACCACCACCACCGGCAGCUAUAAUAGGUCUUACGGCUCGUUCUCGCAGCUGCAGCCUAUUAAUGGGAGUCCAUUGGGCCUGUGGAGGGUUCCGAGCGUUCAAAGUGUUAGUGGUUCGGUUAAUCGUGACCGUUUAGUGCAUCCGUUGCCGUUGUUUGCCGGUGAGAAUUUGAAGCCAUCGCUAACUGACUCGACCUCUCAAAGCCGGUUUGUGUAUAAGGAAGCUAAGUCAAGCGUGCAAGACCACGUAAGUCUGGAUCUUCAUCUGUAAUAAUAAUAAUAAUAAUAAUUAAUUACACAGCAUUCCAGAUAUUUUAAUUUCUUGAGCUGGAAAUUAAUUAAUUUCUCUUACUGUGUACUGCAAAAAUGAGCCAAUUUUAAGAACAACAUUAAUUCA